CCGGCGACAGAUUUCUACACUAAGCAGCUCGGAAUUUAUUUCCUUCGACAACUCCACCAUGUCAGCCUACGCCUACGCAGCCCCUCAUCAGUUCAUGAGCACACAAGCCAAGGAGGAAGCGCUUCUCUUCUAUCGCACCUGGAGCAAGAUUGGCAAGGCGAAGCAACGACCAUCGUGCAUCGACUUCAUCCCCGAUGACAGUCUCUCUAGAAGCAUGAGCGACCGCAUUGAAGGCGCUCUGCAAGACCGCGACAGCGCCGCCGACCUCUCAUCAGCUGGUCGGAAGGCUUUCAUCGAGGUUCUGUGGGAGGUUGUGGAAUCGUGCCCCGCCUUGCAGAGGGUGUCUGACUGCGUCCGGAAUUCGCUCGUCGACGGCCUCAGCUCUACCGAGGUCAUCGAAGCUGAACACCGAUCUCAUGCCUACCCCGACUCCGAUGACUCUAGUCCUUCUCGCCUCUAUACCACCAUCGCAAUUGUUGAUUCUGAAUGCCCUGUGAUGCGCGUUACCUACGACUGGGCGAUGGAGAGCUUGCUGCCGGUCAUGUUGAUGAUUUGUCCCACUCUGGCGUCGUACGAAGUGAUUCAUGGCGCCUUACACGGUCCGCAACCCAUAGCCAAGGUGGUCUCCCUGGCGGGCCCUGUCGCGCACAUCACACCCGAAGUCAACAAGUACUCUCAAGCACCAUCCGCCUACACUCCCAAGCAGCAUCAUGCUCGCAUAUCGCGACACUGUGCACCCAUACAUGGGCCUGGUCCUAUUCGGCGUCAAUCAGCUCCGCAUUGCGAGUCUCCCUACCACCGUGCUCCUCAAUACCCGCUUCAACGUCUCUAUCCUCAAGCCCCCCUUCACGCUCAAGCCGCUCUUCCUGCACGCCCUCGACAAACCCUGCUUCAUCCGGUACCUACUAGCUACGCCCCUGCUCGGGCUCACUUUGGUACAAAUGCACAUACGACAGCAUCCUCUCGCGUGUCUUCGACUAGUUCUUCCUCGCCGCCUCGCAGCGCUGCAGCCCUCACACGCAAGAUAACUUCGCCGGACUCGAUGCUUGCUCUCCAACGCACUCCCGGAUGGUCUACACAAGGCGUCACCGACUCGAACGCGCAAGCCGUAGUCGCCCUAUGA